AUGGCGACUUUGGAUUCACCAUUAGAAGCUUUAGCUUUCGAAUACGCAAGCUUCGGUGUUUUCGCCGCCGUCAACAACAUCUGGACGUGGCUCGCCGUCGUGACUGCCGCCGUGAGUUUCUGGAGGAUCAGAGUCACCACCACCUCCAUCGGCGACGGAGACGGCCAUGGAUGUAUCUUGUUAGAGGAAUUAACCGGUUCGAAAUCCGAACAAGAAUCCGGUUAUCUCGAACCGGAAUCAAUGACCGGUCCGGUGGAAGAAACGGUGGCUCGAGUGAAGGAAACGGUAACGGAGGUUUGGGAGCCGUUAGUGUACGAUGAAGGAGUGACGAAGGGGAAGCUGACGAUUUACUAUGAGGUAGACGUUGACGGAGGAAAGUGUGUUGACGGAGAGUUAACGGACGUUAAUUACUACGGAGGAGGUUUGGGUGGUGAUUGCGGUGAGUGGUGGGAGAGAUGGGAAAGAGUGAUGAGGAUGAGAAACGGUGAUGAUAAUUGGUACCGUUACGUUGAUUUAACGGUGAUUAACGGAAAUGUCGUGAGGUUAUGGGAUGAUAACGGAAUCCGUAACGGCGGGAGGUGUCUAAAUUAG